AUGGAGGCUCUGGAGGGUGUUGGGACGUUUCCCGAAUUUGUGGAGAAGCGGGGGGCAGUGUCAGGAAUGUCGCCCAGCCCCCAGGAAUCCCCAGCGUGGAGGAUUUUCCUGCCACAGCUCAAGGAGCUCGGCCCCUUCACCCUGAACCCCUGUGGGAUGAGAACCUGGAGCAUCCCCAGCCCAGCGGAUCCCCCCGUGAGACUCUCACCCAGGCCCGCUGCACCCCCUCUUUCUGCUUGGGCACCCCCCGUGCGCUGCUUUCCCUCGGGAAAGCCCCGCUCUGUGCCCGGUGUUCCCCGUUUCCACCGGCUGCAAACCCCACUUCUCCCCGUCGUGGUUCCCCCCACCCCCGUGUCUUUUUCUCCAUCCGGACCCCCCCCCGUGCUCGGUGCCCCCCGUUUUCCCGGCCGGGAGCCCUUUUUAGGGCGUGGGGGGGUUUUGGGGAGGGGGCGCGGGGUCCCGGCGGUGCCUAACGCGCUCCCCCCGCAGGAGAACGGCCAUGUCAUCUACAACGGGGACAUGACGCCCAAGGUGGGGGUCGAGGUGGCCCCGCAGAACGGGAACGGCUCGGCGGAACCCCCCAAGGAGGAGAGCGAGGGCGAAGCGGGCGGUGCGGACACCAUCGAGCCCGCCCCGGCCGCCGCCGACGGCGGCGACCCCAAAACCGAAGGGGCCGCCGCCCCCAAGGACGCCCCCAAGAAGAAGAAGAAGUUCUCCUUCAAGAAAUCCUUCAAGCUGAGCGGGAUCUCCUUUCGCAAGAACAAGAAGGAAGCCGGGGACUCCUCCGGCUCCUCGCCCACGGAGGAACAGGGCAAGAGCGAGGAGACCCCGCCGGGGGGGCUGCAGCCCUCGGCUCCCCCCGAGGAGGAGCAGAGCGGCCCCGGGGAGGGCGGCGAGGGGCCCGAGCCCAAGGAUGGAGGAGAAGCCGCGGGGAGCCAGGAGGAGGAGAAUCAGCAGCAGCAGGGAGGGGAGAGCCAAGGAGACACAGCCAAACCCGAGGAGCCCUCGAAAACCGCGGGGCCGGAGCCCACAACGAGCCCGGCGGAGCAGAAGGAAGAGUAGAGACCGCUCGGGCAUCGUCCUCACCGGGGACUCUCACACCGCCCCCCGACCCUCCCCAACCCAGCCCGGAUCGCCACGGACUCGCCCGCACCGCCCCGGCCCCCCUAGGACUGACAGCACCUCCCGCACACCCCGCCCUGCAGGGACCGCGCUCCCCGUUCCCGGUAGAAACCAUCAAAUAAAAGCUGGUUUGGAUUCCCACCACCGCCGCCACUUGGAGUAGUUUGAGUUGAAUUCCUUGGAGAAAAUAAACAAACAAACAAAAGAAAGCUGGCGAGGAAGAUUUGUCCCGGACACCACUGGAGUUUACAGUUUGUAAGAAGCCGGAUCCCAAAUCCCACUCUGGAUCUCUCCAGACUGUCCCCCUCUCCUCCCGCUCCCACUGACUGUUCAAUGGAAUUUUUAUUUUAUUUUGUGUUUUUUUGGUUGGUUUUUUCGUUUGUUGUUUUUUUUUUUCCUUUUAUUUCUCAGUUUACAUUCCUGGUUCUGACUUUUCAUUUCAAGUAUUUUGUGCUUUUUUAUAUAGAAAUCGAUGGUUUAAAAAAGCUAAUCUGGUUAGUUUUUUAUAAUGUCUUCUAUUGGCUUAAAACUAUAAAGCUUGUAAGUCCGCUGUGUUUAAUUCUGCUUUAAGGGAUAACUUUUAGGGUGUGGGGUGGAGAGAGGGGGCCCUACCAGCUGUAUAAUGUGAAGCCAACAUUGUUUUUUGUUUUUUUCCUCUGUAAAUAAUUUUUUUAAUGGCCAAGAAAACCGCUUGAUUUGCAAUUUUCUAACUUGUAAAAAAAAAGAAAAAAAAGAGAAAGAGAGAAAAAAAAAUUAAAAAAAAAAAAAAGACAACAAACCCGAACUAAACCACCAAACAAAAGCUGUAACAUUUGAAAGGAAUAAAUGGUGACCCCUUUAUGGGA